AAGAGCUUUUCCGGGUAAAUGCGGGCAAAGUCACGCUCGUGAAAGUUCCCGGCCGUCGCCAAUUACCCCCACCAUCCUCCGCCAGCUCCGUCGCCUUGCUAAAUUGGCCUCGCAAUCCAAGAACUUCGGACACGACUUCGAUCUAGAGACGGCAAGAUGGUUUUCAUUCUCGGCAUCAACAUUCCCGAGAACAGGGUGCUCAAGACGGCGCUCCAGAACUUCUACGGAGUCGGUCCCAGUGUCGCCUCGAAACUCUGCGCGAAGCUUUCAAUCCACAAGACGGCCCAGGUCGGAACGCUGGGUACUUCCAAGACCAUGGUUCUCGCCGACGAACUCUCCAAAAUGACGAUAGAGAACGACCUGCGACGACAGCUGAAGGACGAUAUCAAGCGUCUGAGGGACAUGGGAACGUAUCGCGGAAGACGACAUGCUCAAGGAUUGCCGGUGAGAGGACAGAGAACGAGGACUCAAAUCAACACGGCAAGAAGAUUGAACAGGGUCGAGCGCAGAGGAUAGACGGGCACUCUUUCAAAUUGGAGUUGAUACGAAGCGGGCACGCGGGGACCGCGAACUGUACAGUAGCUCUUGCGAUUAGUUCUGUAAGAAAAAUAGACUUGCUCCAAAACCCAGC